AUGAAGUCUACCGUUGCUCUGGCCGGCGCUUACGCCACUCUUGCCUCCGCCUUUACCCCCGGCCGCCACCUGCACUUCCCCCGCGGCAAUGGCACCACAACCGCCGUCCCCUCUCCCGCCGAAAUCACCACUCUGACCGUCAAGGAGACUCGCACUUCCACCAUCAUCAGCUGUGCUCCCACCGUCACCAACUGCCCUGCAGGCAAGCCUGAGAUGUCGUCCAUCCCCGAGUCCGCUCGCCAAGUCGCGACUGUCACCGACGUUGUCGUCGUGGCUACGACCGUCUGCCCCGUCACCGAGGCCAGCUCCAUUUCCUCCAAGAUCAUUGAGCAGCACAAGUCUUCUGCCUCUCUCUCUUCUUCUUCUGCCCCUUCCUUCAACUCGUCGGCCCUCGCUCCCACCGCCGCUCCCACUGGUACCCCGGCUCCCGUCGGUCCUACCACCACUCUUACUGUCAAGGAGACUCGCACUUCGACCAUCACCAGCUGUGCUCCUACCAUCACCAACUGCCCCGCUGGUAAGCCUGAGAUGUCGUCCAUCCCCGAGUCCGCUCGCCAGAUCACGACCGUCACCGAAGUUGUUGUCGUGGCUACGACCGUCUGCCCCGUCUCCGACGCCAGCUCCAUCUCCAAGAAGAUCAUUGAGAGCCACUCGGCUUCCUCCGCUCUCCCAAGCCAGAAGCAGCCGCCUGUCCGUACCACCGACAUCGUCUCGACCAAGACCAUUACCUUGACUCUUGGUACCGGCGACAAGCAGUCCGUCGUUCCUACCGUCAUCACCACCACCAUCAAGUCCACCAUCACGCCCCCUGCUUCCGCUGAGCAGACCGUGACCAAGACUUCCACCUCCACCUCGACCAAGACUGUCACCAUCACUCGCGCCAAGUCCACCAACACUCCCGCGCCCAGCAACCCCGGCAACGGCGGCAACCCCGUCAACACUCCCGCCCCUAGCAACCCCGGCAGCGGCAGCAACCCCCCCGGCUGCGAAAAGUGUGCGGCUCCCGCUACCGUCACCGUCACCGUUGCGCAGACCACCGUUACCGCCUCCGCCGCCACUGUCACCGUUACCGCACCUUGCGUUGCUGGCGGUGCCCCGACCGGCGUCGAGGUUGAGAAGCCCAAGCCCAGUAACAAGAACAACUCAAGUGCCAAGCCCAGUGGCAUCAGCAGCCAGCCUUCCGUCAAGGCCUCGGAAACUCCCUGCCCAACCGACUCUACCACUACAAUUGAGGCCACCGUCACUGUUGUCCCCUUUCCCGCCAACAACGGCACCACCCCCACGGGCACCGGUGCCCCCAAGCCCUCUGGCUUUGCGAGUCUCCGCCGCUAA